AUGGAAGACGCACCCUCUGAAUUUCGGAGCAAAUCGAUGACCCAGGGUUUUCAACAUGUGGAUAUUAAAGAUGGAGCCUCGGUUAAACUUAAUGACUAUAAUUGGGUACCAGGCAUCAGAGGAAGGAGAAUUAAAUUGAAGGAGGGUGUUGAUGGGGAGAACAUCACUGUUCUGACUCUGAUUGAUAGCAAUAGUAAUAGGUGGAAUACACAAAGGGUGAGAGAUGUAAUUGCACAGGAGGAUUGUGAUGCCAUUCUGCAAAUUCAGGGACUAGAUUCAAUGGUGAAGGAUAAGUGGAGAUGGGAGUUAGGUGUGCAGGGCAGUGUCGUAGUCAUGGCCUCUGAUAUCCACUAUGUAUCUUGUCAGUCCAUUCGUCCUGAGAAUGACAUCCAACCAGACAACGGAACCCCGUCCGAAUCCUUCCAAUGUGCCGGCCGCAAGAAAAUUGAAUUCUUCUCGUGGGCUGCUACCUAA